AUGGAGGCUAUGGAGGAGAAGGAAGGAGGUUCAGGCAGGGAGGUACUUGGAGGAGGCCUUGGCAUAGGGGCUGGAGUUCUCCGAGGCAUUGAGGAGGUCCAUGUGGACACCAACUUGCUGAGGCCAAUACGGCUCCAGGUGGACCCCGAGUUCCAGCGAGUGCGCUCGGAUGAGAGGGAGCAGAUCAAAGCUCUGAACAACAAAUUUGCUUCAUUCAUUGAGAAGGUUCAAUGUCUGGAGCGGCAGAAUCAAGCACUCUUGGCCAAGUGGGAACUUCUGCAGCAGCAAAGCUCUGGCCCUGAGGAGAGCAGGAACAUCAACAGCUUCUUCCAGGCCUACAUCACCAACCUGCAGCGGCAGCUCGAGACGCUCCAGAGCCAGAAGGAGCAGCUGGAUCCUGAGGCCUACAACAUGCUCCAGCUUGUUGAGGAUUAUAAAAACAGAUUCGAGGAUGAGAUCAACAAACGCACAUCCAAGGAGGAGGAGUUUGUGGAGCUUAAAAAGGAACUGGAUAGUGCCUACAUGGGAAAAAUGGAGUUUGAUGUCCGAGCGGAUAUCCUGAGGCAGGAGCUGGAGUUCCUCCGGUGUUUAUAUGAAGCUGAGCUGUCCCAGCUGCAAACGGUUGCUGGGAACGUUGAUGUUGUUCUGUCCAUGGACAACCACAGGGACUUGAACAUGGAUGGGAUCAUCGAGGAGGUCAGGCGGGAAUACGAGGGGAUAGCCCACAGGAGCACAGCUGAAGUGGAUGCCAUGUACCGGGGCAGGUACCAGGACCUGCAGAACAUGUGGGUGAGUCAACAAGAGCAGCUGAGGAACAGUCACCAGGAAAUCCAGGAACUUGCCAGACACAUCCAAAGACUCCAACCAGAAAUUGAAAUUGCAAGGAAAAGGAAUUCCAGCCUUCGGGACUCCAUUAAAGAUGCUGAGCACCGUGGGAGCUCAGCCGUCAGGGAUGGCCAGGAAAAGCUAGAGGAGCUGGAAAAUGCCCUCCAACAGGCCAAGGAUGACCUUUCUCAGCUUGUCCGUGAUUACCAGGAGCUCCUGAAUGUGAAGCUGGGCCUGGACAUUGAGAUCGCCAUGUAUCGCUCACUCCUCGAGGAGGAGGAGAACAGGUGGGGGCAAAAUCCAUCCUGGGAUCCAGGAAGGAUCACCAGCCACGAUAUGUGA